AUGUGGACCAUAGAAAAUGAUGGAGAUGUUUUUGAAGGCAAAAAACUAUGGCUCGUCCCCGGGAAGAAAUAUCUCUUCGGUAGAACCGUUUCAGAAGAUGGUCAAUUUGUGAUUGCCGAUAAAUCGGUUUCGAGACAGCAUCUAACGAUUGAAGUUGGUACUGUUGGACCGAAUGAUUGUAGAAGUCCUAAAAGCCGGUCAAAAAUCACUUUGAAAGAUCAAAAUACCAAAGUUGGUACUACCGUGAACGGAGAACAAAUCAAGGGGAAAGAAGGCCACGAGAUUACCAGUGACGUGAAUGAAGUGUGCAUAGGAAGAUACAAGAAGUUGUUCCGAAUUACCUGGUAUCCGGUUGCAUUAUCAUUUUCGAUUUCUCCAAAAGAAAUGAAAGCAAGCCCCCUCGAAGCGCUUUAUGCGACACUUGGCCCACUCGAUAUCAAAGUACUUACCGAGUAUGAACGCGAUGCAACGACCCACGUCGUUGUCAAAAAGCGCAAUACGGCCAAAGGACUUCGAGCUUUGAUCAACGGGAAACACAUUGUGGAUAAUGAUCCAUUUAUCCAAGCAAUUGUCAAUGCAACCACGCCAGAAGAAGAUGGUACUUGUGGUUUGGAGAAGGAUUUUACAGAAAACUUUCCAGAUGCUAUUCAAUACCUUCCUGGGCGUGGCUCGGAAUCUACGGAUGAACCAGCAACGGCUUAUGCUCCUGACCCCUCGAGGGAAACUAUGUUCGACGGUUACACCUUCGUUUUUUACGAUAAAGCUCAAUUUGAGACACUCCUGGCACCCAUUACGGAUGGGCGUGGUAAGGCACUGUUUCGUGAAGUCACUCCUUUAAAGACGCCAAUAGACGAGUUUGUAAGAUACGUGAAGAAUGUGGCAGGAGAAAAAGGAAAUGGUGAGUUCGAAGAUGGGAGCGAGGGAAAAGGUGUUGUGGUUGUAGGAUUCUAUCCCACCAAAGGAGAUGGUGUUGAGUGGUUCCAAGAUUUUGCUAGGCAAGUUGCUAUCAAUCUGGAUCAUCGACUUAUCGUACAGAGUGAAUUUUUGGAUGCAAUACUCAAGAAAGAUGCAAGUCUAUUGAGAAGACCUCUUGAGGUAGAGCUGUCUGGAAUCGCGGCCCCGGCUCCAACACCGGACACAAACGCAAGCAGACCAAAGGAGACGCCUUCUAAGCCAAAUCCAGUUCCACCCAAGCUUAGCCCAGUUGCGCCUGCUAAACCUUCUUCAGCUGGUGAAUCGGCCACAACAUCGGUUCUUAAGGAUAUUGUCUCACAAGAUACUCAAUUCCGAAGAGGUAGAUCAAGAAGAGCUGUGACUAGUCGUUUCAGUGGGUUCGACGAUGAUGAUGAAGAUGAUCCUCCAGCAGCCCCUGCCUCUCUAGCUCCCAUACUGGAAUCCAUGGCAGUCGAACAACAACUCCUCAAGGAAUCUCAAGGUCUCUUCGUCUCCCAAGAUCCCAAUCGCGAACCCGAAAGCUACCGCCCGCAUUCCCAGUCUGUCGAACCGGAAGAGCCAGCCCAGACUCAGUUCACACGAACAACUAGAAAACGACACGCAUCUCCUAUCAUGGAACAAAAGUCAUACAUGGAUAGUUUCGCACCUACCACCGCAUCAUUCAAACGACAACGUCGAGAAAGAGGCGAGCCAACACCUCUCCCAGCCGUCAAAAAAGAAAUAGUGGUUCCCGAACCUGUAAAAAAGAAAGAAAAAAAAGAAGUAGACAUCCUCGCCCUCGCAGGCCAGCAACGUGAACGCACCGAAGCAGCCGCCAAAGCCGAACAAGAAUCCUUAAAACAACCCAUAUCCACCAUCGACAUUGAAGAAAUGCGCAAGCUGACCAUUGUAGAGGAUAUGGAAGUGAGACGUUCCAAGCCAGCGCCGAAAACCACAACGCAUGUGGAUGAAAGUGAACGAUGGGAUGAUAAAUGGAACGGACGAAAGAAUUUCAAGAAAUUCAAAAGGAAGGGUGUGGAUGAUGGUGGGUCAGUGAGGCCGCACGCUAGGGUUAUCGUACCGCUCGAAGAAGUAAAAAAGCGUGGUCACGGAAUUGGCGAUGAAUACUGGGGACUAGGUGGAGAGGAUGGCGACACACAAAGGAGAAGAAAAAAGGGCAAGGCAAAAGAUACACAAACGCAAAUGGAAACUCAAAAGGUGCAAGCAUCCAUAUCAACAUCUCAUUCCAAACCAAGACCAAACCCAAAACAAAAGCCGCAAGCUCGAGAUAUCAAUUCCGAUAACGAGGAAGAAGAACUCCCUGAAAAUCCAAUGCUCGCUCCUCGUGCGCAGAGCGCACAAUCGGAAGCGGAGGAUGAGAAUGAGGUGGGUGAGAGGGAUGAGGAUGCGUUUUAUCCUACUGCUAUGCCGCCACCGGCUUCUAUUUCUACGAGAGCAACUACGAGGGGGAAUUCGACGGUUGGUCGGAAUACUGGUGCUGGUGCGAAUGUGGGUGCGAAUGUUGGGGCAAAUGCGCAUAAGAGAGCAGCUACAAAUCCAUUGACGAAAGCUGCGCCGCCGGCGAAGAGAGCAAGGGUUGUGCCGCCGCCAGCAAGAAAGGUGGAGGUGGAGAGUGAUAGUGAUAGUGAUGAGGAUCGGUUUGUAUUUCGGUGA